AUGAAGGUGUCUGAAAAAUCUCACCGUUCUUCUCUAUUCGGUGGAAGAUGUAUUGCAGCUGAUUCGACUCCUAUAUUACUCAAUGUAGCUUUUUACGAAGACCGGGAUUUAACAAUACGUGGCGCGGUCAUAUUGGUUGUUGGCUCUGUUUGGAUUUCCACGUAUAACUCCUCUAUUAAACUUUGUUCAGAUGUCAACGGUUGA